UUGUAAGGUUGCUUCUAUUUCAACAAAAUAAUUGAUUUAUAAAUAUUAAUUGUAGUUGAUUAUUGUGGAAGGUGCUACCGCCUUUAUUGCAACAAAAUAAUCGAUUUUUUAUAUAUUCAUUGUUAUCAUAUUCAUGCUAAAACCCACAGAAUCAGUUAUUUCUCAUUUUAUCACAACUUUUGUGGUUUGGUGAUAGAAAAAUGAGUCCUCGAAAAAUAUUGCAACGUAAUGUGUGUGGGUACACAACGGACUGAAGAAGUAAUUUAACAGCACACAACCUGAGUAAGCAUUUGGGGCCAGAGAGUUAUCACUAUGUUUGCAUCGCCUGUGACCUGAGAUGCCCUUCUCUUCAGGAUAUAAAUCGACAUCAGCUGGCAGCCCAUCCAGGUAAGAAAUUACCAAAAGGUUGAAGUCUAAUCAUAGCACUGAAUGACUUUUACUUAAUUUGAGUCUAUAAGUUGACUUCCUUUUUCAGAGUUUUCCGUUUAUCACUGUAUCCUUGGUGAAGGAAGAUAAAGGCAUGACAUUUUUUCUAUUUCCCAUUUUUUAGCACCAGACGCCAUUGAAGCCGGGAGGUUUACAGAGACCAUGGAAGUGGCUGACAUGGUUGUGUCUUUUACAGUGGAGAUAUGGUUUUGGUGUCUCCCAUCCAACCGCUUCACGGACACUCCAGAUCUUCUCUACUUGCAGAAGAAGGCGUCCCUGACCCUUCUGAAUGAGUUCAGGUCCAGGGGCUUGUCUCUUCAGGAGGCCAUCAUUCAGGAGAUCAUCCGCAAGAGAUUUCCUAGCAUGGACCAGGAGCUUUCAAGCUUUGCUAGGAAAAUGGUCCAGGGCAUUCUGGAGGUUCUGAAAGGUGGGAUGGGUCUGAUGCUGAAGCAGGUCCAUAUGUUCGAAGAGUAUGGUGGCGGAAGCAGGAAAGGGUUUGGCAUUUAUGCCUCUAGGGACUUAAAAGCUGAAGAAGUUUUCAGAACAAUGUAUGGGGCCUUAGUUCCCAUCCCGGCCGGCAAACAGGUGAUUUCAUUAAUAAAAAUAAAAAAUGAUUAAUAAAAAAAGGAAAAUGUUCUAAAACUGCUUUUUUCAUUCAUGUUUGAAUCAUACAACAUUUAUCUAAUGCUGAUUUCAUACAAUGUUUGUUUCAGACGGAUCCAUCCCAGAAUUUUAGCUCCAUCUUGGCAAGGAGGGGCAGGGGGACCUCUGUCAUGUCCUGCAACUUGGCUGGGCCGCUGCAGUUUGUCAACCACAGCUGUCAACAUUGGAACUCCCAGUAUGUGACUGGACCAGGACGGAAGUCGAGUCAUCUAAAGGUGUGGAUAUGCAUAGAAUGAAAACAUAUAACUUAGAUAUUUUUUUAUGUGAAAAGAUUCUGAAAGAUCCUUUUUCAGGUAGCAGUGGACAUCAAGCAGGGGGAGGAAAUAUUAGUCCACUACUACUAUUGGCUGGGUGACCGGGAGAGCAACAGUUGGGAGGCUGGAUGUUAUUGCUGCCAAUAGACCUAGAGAUGUUCGUGUCAAAUAUAAAGUUUGUAAAGAUGUUCAUAAUUUCGAAGUGAACUGAGAUUUUAAUUUGUAAUG